AUGAAGAAUAGUGCCUUAUCGCUGGACCUGUUGAAUAGUGCCUUAUUGUCGAAGAAGAAGAAUAGUGGUUUAUCGCUGGACCUGCUGAAUAGUGCCUUAUUGCUGGACCUGUUGAAUAGUGCCUUAUUGUCGAAGAAGAAGAAUAGUGGUUUAUCGCUGGACCUGCUGAAUAGUGCCUUAUUGCUGGACCUGUUGAAUAGUGCCUUAUUGUCGAAGAAGAAGAAUAGUGGUUUAUCGCUGGACCUGCUGAAUAGUGCCUUAUUGCUGGACCUGUUGAAUAGUGCCUUAUUGUCGAAGAAGAAGAAUAGUGGUUUAUCGCUGGACCUGCUGAAUAGUGCCUUGUCAAAGAAUAGUGUCUUGCCAAAGAAUAGGCGGGGUAAAGGAAAAUCUGUGUAUACGACUAUGUUCAAAUUCACAACAGUGAACCAUAUAACCGAUGACACGUCACGGCCCUUGGUCAAUUUCACCACUUUGAGUGGCUCGAGAUAUUUAUUUGGUAAAAUUCCCGAAGGGUCACAACGGAUUAUAACGGCAAUUGGGGGCGAAGUGAGUUUCCCCAAAAUGCAAGGAAUUUUUUUAACCGGGACGGUGUUUUCUUGGGCAGAUAUUGGUGGACUCGCGGGAUUGAUUUUGACCAUCAGUGAUGCUACCCUGAAGGGUAUCACUUUGGUGGGUAAUAGCAGAGUACUAUCCUAUAUCAUAGCAACUUGGAGGCAGUUUGUGUUUAGAAAAGGUACCGAUUUGAAAAUUUUGAGCUGCGAAGAGGAGCAGGACGAGGAGGAGCGGCUGCUGCAGCAACCGAUUGUUGCUAACGAUGAGGUUGUAAUAACCCCGAUUCAGAUUUCGCCACGAAAUUACCAGAAACCAGAGUCACAAGAAUCAAAAAGAGAUGAAAAGGCAAUCUCCCGCAAGCUCAAAAAAUUAGCUUCACUCAUGUUCCCACGAGAUACAAGCGGGGUAAACAGCAGGGACCCGGAAUCGUACAAAUCCGACCCGACCCAAUCACAACUCCACACCAAUGUCAGUUUGGAUGGUAUUCCCGCAGUAGCUCAUGCGCAGAAAUCGAUAUCAUAUUCUAUAUCUAUCGUUCCUAUUCGGGGUAAGUUUGAUGUGAAAAAAGCCCAGGAAUUGGGCGUCAAGCCAGGUCCCUUGUUUAAAGAAUUAACGAUGGGGAAUUCUGUUUUAAAUGACAAGGGAGAAACCAUCGAUCCCAGUUUAGUUGUAGGCCCUGACAAGGUAUAUCCUAAAAUACUUUUCAUUGAUAUCCCGAGUACAGACUAUUAUGAGAAUACUAUAAACAGUACCAAAUGGUUUGAAAUUGACAAUGUUGGAUUAGUUUACCAUUUUAUCGGCGAUGAAGUGAGUUUCAACAUGAAGGAGUACAAGAGUAGAUUCAUUGAUAAAUUCCCACAAAAAUGCCAUCAUUACAUCAGCCACAAGCUGCUAUCAAACAAUGUAAUAAUGAAUCAGAGCUUUGCCACUUUUCAUCUAACCUCCAAGGGAAUCAUGAACGAAAAUUUCAAUUUAAUAAACCUGGAAGAUUUCAAAAAACUUUCAGGAGAACGUAUUGAUCGACUCCAUUCCAUGCAACAGGUUGUUGUGAAUGAAAAUGGAGCUCAACUUUCAAACAACACUUCUUCACUCAAAACCUCUAAUGAACAGCUAUUCAAUGACGAGGUUAAAAAGCUUGAUUUGCCUACCAGCUUUGAAGAGAUGAAAAAGUGCAAAUUUGAUCUUUUUGAUGAGAGUAAUAUAGGAAACCUCAAGGAUUCGGUGCAUAUAUGCACACCGGGCACUGGCUCAGCCUUACCUAGUGUUUUACGUAAUGUUCUUUCAAACUUGUUGAGAAUUCCCUUUGCAAAAGAUGGAAAGGUUUUUUAUAGAGCAGUUUUGUUUGAUGUGGGUGAAAACACUAUGGGAAGUAUGUUGAGAAACUUUGGCCACAAUAAUGGUCAAGAUUUGAAAAUUAUAUUCAAAGAGCUUUGCUUAAUUUAUUUGUCUCAUCUACAUGCUGACCACCAUUUGGGGAUGGUUUCAAUAGUGAGCAAGUGGUUUGAAACAAAUAAAGAUGAGAAUUCGAAUUUGUAUUUAAUUGUUCCAUGGCAAUUUAUUACAUUUAUAAAAGAUUGGUAUAAACUUGAGGGUAAAUACAAUAACUUUAUCGAUUUAUCGAGGUUGAAAAUGUUUAGCUGCGAAGACUUUACAUGCGGAACGAGAUAUGGUGACUACUCAACAUUCAGUCUUGAUGAGUUUGAGGCCAAACUCGAUCUGAAGAACUUGGAGCCACAUGAUUUUUCGGCAAAGAAGGUCUUGCGAAAGUCAGUGGAUAGAGAGUUUAUUAACCAAAUGUUUGAGGCUUGUGGAUUGGUUUCAAUCCAAUGUGUACGUGCAUUGCACUGUCCCUGGUCAUACUCGUCCACUUUCAAGUUCAAACAAAGUGAGAAUGAGACAUUUACAGUGUCAUUUUCGGGAGAUACUAGACCGAAUCCACUAUUUGCAACCAUUGGUAAAGGCUCAGAUUUGUUAAUACACGAGGCGUCCUUGGAUACUCAAUGGCUAGAUGAGGCAAUAGCCAAGAAACAUUCAACAAUGAUUGAAGCUGUGGCAGUUUGUAAAAUGAUGGAUUGUCCAAAAUUGAUACUAACCCACUUUAGUACAAGAUAUGGGUAUUCCAACAACUGUGUAGAAAAGAAGUAUUUACAAAGUACAGCCCAGAUUACCGAAAGGAUGUUGCGAGAGGCAAAAGUCCCCAACAUCUUUAGCAAUGGCGAUUAUAGUUUUGAAAAUAUAGACAUUUGCUAUGCUUAUGAUUUAAUGAACAUAAGAUAUCGCGAUCUUCAUAAACAAGAGCAAAAAUGGCCUCUUAUGGCAUCAUUGUUCCAAUUGAAGAGUAAGAAAAGAAAGGCUGAAGAGAAAUAG